AUGAUUCACAGAUUCACUGUUAUUACAUUCAUUGAUGUCUGGUUGGUUAAUAUUGUUUUUCUAGGUCCAUCAGCAUGGUACAAAGUCUAUCCCAUUGCUGAGGGUAACCGCCAGUCACCUAUUGAUAUAGUCCCUGCAGAUGCUGUAUUUGAUGCCAAACUGUCUCCUAUCUCGCUGUCUUACAACAACUGCACCUCUGUCAGCAUAUCAAACAAUGGCCAUUCUGUGGUAGUGGAGUUCAUUGACUCAGAUGAGAGAUCAGUGAUCCGGGGAGGUCCUCUGGAAAACAUGUACAGACUUAAACAGUUUCACUUCCACUGGGGAGGCAAGGGAUGCCGUGGCUCUGAGCAUACGGUUGGUGGGAAAACCUAUGCUUCUGAGCUUCAUUUGGUUCAUUGGAAUGCUAUAAAGUACAAGUCCUUUGGUGAGGCGGCAGCAGCACCUGAUGGCCUGGCUGUCCUUGGCAUAUUUCUGGAAAUAGGUGAUGAGCACCGAGCUCUUCAUCAGAUAACAGAUGCCUUGUAUAUGGUUAAAUUCAAGGGAAGUGUUACUGAUUUUAAGGGCUUUAACCCGAAGUGCCUCCUGCCGAACAGUCUGGAGUACUGGACGUACCCAGGCUCUCUCACAACUCCUCCACUGUAUGAGAGCGUCACAUGGAUUUUGCUGAAAGAACCUAUUUAUGUGUCUGAGAAGCAGAUGGGAAAGUUCCGGACACUGCUGUUUAACGGAGAGGAAGAAGACGACCGAAAGCGCAUGGAGAACAACUUCCGACCACCACAGCCACUGAGAGGCAGGACAGUGCAGGCCUCUUUUAAGUAGUCUGGACCACCAAUUGUGAUCAGCUAUAUUUCAAUACUGCUCUAGAAUCACCUCUGAGGUUGAAACGUGAAUUAUAAGGGUGUGGGGUUUGUUCAGUCAUGUCACUCUCUGUCUGCUGCUUAAAGGUUUUGGCCAGUGACCUCAAGUCAUGUUUGACUUUGACAUUGAGCUCUUUGAAUCCAAGGCUCUACAUGUUUAGAUCCCUUCUCAUCCACCUUGAUCAGGCUUGUGCAAACAGAUCCUUGUUGCAGGUGGCUGAGAUAUUUGUGCUUUCAAAGUGUCCAAGCUGAUGGGGUCUGAUAAGCUUGCUGUCGUCUGCUUUCUCACCGCUAUAGGAAAGGGUCUGUAAUCCAGUAUCCUGACAUUUAACCUGUUAGUGGCCAUCAGAGGCUCUUAACUUUUUUUAUAGGGCAUGUGUGGUGUUAUUUAAGCUGUUCGUAGUAAGGCUCAUGGUGCUUCCAGGAACACAGACCUGGUGGUGGCAGGAUGGCACUCCAUUAUCACUGAAAGUUGCAUGAAUGGAUGAAGAUGGCUCAGUAAUGUAAGUAGAUAGCUUUUCUGUUUACCUCACUGUUGUGAGUCCAUGAAGUAAGUUUUUACAGACUCUUUUAUCAACACUGCGCUGUGGUCACUGUAGUGAAUGUUCCUGUGCUGUCAGUGAAGCCUUAUAAAUGCUCUUACAGUAAUAGGAGAGUGAAUGACUGAUGGUUUACACUGCUCACACUUUAAAAACAGUUCCUAUUAUUAAUGUAAUUCCUAAUGGAAUCUCUGGCAUGACUGUAAGAGUGUUACGGAAGAUCUCUUAACAGGUCAGAGCUGUAGUAAGACUCGACUCCUGGACUACAUCCAGCUGAAACGGCAAGGAUUUUCUUUUGGGUGUUUGGUGGCUGGCAUGGUUUCAUAAAUAUUUUAU